AUGGACAGGCUUGAUGAACCCCGCAGCUUCGCCCGGUUAAAACUAUAUAGGACCAUUCAUUUGGGAUUGGAGAUUUUGAAUGAACUAAGAGCUCACAGCUGUCCAUCCAUGGACUUCAUGCUUGCUCCGUCCGCGCCCUUGGACCAAGUGAGGGAGCAACUCCGACAACAAGACCUGGGCUUGCUGCAAACCCGCGAUGUGCAGGCGUUAGCGGCAUGUUUCAACCGCGUCCCGGUGGGCUGGCCUGUGGUGGUGGAGUUCUUGCAAGAUAUGCUGCGCUUCUACCAUCGGAAAGACCUCAGCUCCGAGCAGUCCUUGGAUCCACGGUCCAAGGUGGUUCUUUACCGCAGCUUCUUGCGGCACCAGGAGGCUAUGGAGCAGAAGGAGUUGCAGGAUGCCAUGCAAGGUUUGUUUCGAGACACCCUCAACAGCAUGACCGCUUUGCUGGUUGAGGCCUCUCGAAGUGAUCAAGAACAGCCUUGGGCACUACAAGAUCCGAAGACGUAUCAAGAGCGCCUGGAGGAGCCGAAUAUCUCGGAGUUCGAUCCGGAAUCCACGCAGAGGAUUCUUGGAGAACUUGGCGUGCAGACGGACUGGCAAUUGGAGGAGCUGCCGGAAUGGGAAGCCUCGGCCCAUGAGCUUCUGGAACGUCUCAACGAGGUGCCCUUCUUGGAGUCGCAUCCAGUACCGGACCGGGGACUUACCAUGGCCUGGGCCUCUUGGAGCCUGAGAUCUGCUGACAGAAGCGAGCUGGGUACAUUCCUGACGCGCAGCGGCUACCGCUCCACCGGAGGGCCUGGCUCGGAGGGCUACACCAAUAGUCCUUUGGAUCCCCUGGUGCCUUUGGUCGUGGGGAACUUUAGCCGCGCGGCCGACGCAGAGAUCCAGGCUUUGGCCCUGAUCUUGCAAAAGGCUGAGAAGUUAGGGGAUCUAUCGAGGAUCGCUGGGGUGGUUCACUUGGUGGUCACACAGACGCCCUGUGUGUCCUGCCUGGGUGCCAUGGCCCAGUUUCGUGCGCUGAUGCCAGAGGUGCACCUCCACUGCCACUUCCACCGGCUCAGGCAAGAGCGGGAGGCCCGUGCCGCCGACCCGAGGGAGCGGCGCCGAUCGAUUUGCUCCAUCUAUGAGACGACCAGUGGCAGUAGCGAAGGCCAGCCAUCCUUCUCCGAUGCUCUGGAGGUCUUCCGACGCAUGCUCCGUGUGGUGAGCAUGGAGAAGGAGGCGGAGCUCCUGAACGUUUUGGGUGCUGCGGGCACGGCGGAAGAAGAUCAUGGCCUUCCUUUGCCCGAGUCGGUCAUGUUACCAUCUCCAGGGACCUUCCACUCCUUGAUUGGCAUGGCCAUGGCGGAAGGUCGCGUGAAGGAGGCCAUCGGUCUCGUGAAGUAUCAGCGCUUGAAGGAGCUGCCGGUGUUCGCCCGUUCCCUGGCCAUGUUGGCGGAGGACCUCCGUGUGCCACCGCGCCUGGCGAUGCGCUUCCUGCACGAGAGCCAAGUGGCUGGACACCUGGCCUCUCGACGGUUGCUGAGCUUCCUCUUGAGGCGCCUGGCCAAGCUGGACCGUCCCGAUGCCUCGCGCUUGGCCGUCACCUUUUUGCGAAGAUGCUGCCGCAAAGAGGACUCCAUGGGCGUCUACUACCGGCCCGACUACCCCAUACCAACCAUCAAGCGCUAUCCUGGCUCUGGCACGGUGGCCGCUUGCCUGGCCUUGGCUCCCAGCGAGCUGCUGCCACGCUGGGCACGUGCGCUGGGCAUUUGGGCGCGUUGCAGUCAACCAGAUCAUGAGGAGGAUGCGGCGGUGCCGUUUCGAGCCUUGAUGAAGCGCCUGACGUCGCACGGCGGAUCCGUGGAGGCGGAGUUUCUGUGGAUCCGCCGCUGCUUCGACGACAAGACGAAGAAGAAGAAGCAGAACCGGUGCUUGCUGGGUGAACGGAGAGAUGGUGAAGAGGUGGCGCAUUUGAGCUGGGAUGAACUGCAGCAGGUCCCUGAGGACCCGUGGCUGGCCAACACCCGGCGGCAGAUCUUCGAGCAUUGGCCCAAGAUCACCAUGACCUCCGAGGCGCGGAUGAGAACCACCACCCUGUUGUUAACCUGGAUUUCACAGCAACGCAUUGCGGGUGAUGUGGCAGAGGCUGGAGUGUGGAGAGGAGGCCACGCAUUGUUCAUGAAGUUCGCGUCCGACUACCUGCAACGGAUCUCUAGGCGGCCUCGGCGCGUUUGGCUGCUGGACAGCUUUGAGGGCUUUGGCCAUAAAAACGAAGGCAUCGACGAGGUCUUCAACCGUGUGAACAACAGCGCUGAGGGCUGGUACUCUGUGAUCUCCUUGUUUCGCGGUUUGCAGGUCUUAGACUCACGCGUGGUCUUCGUGCGCGGCUUCUACGAGGAGUCCCUUUGGAAGGUUCCACCCUUUGUCCGCCUGGCCUUGCUCCGCGUAGACUGCGAUAUGUACUCGAGCAUUGCCCAAGUCCUGUGCUAUCUCUACGACUUGAUCUCCGUAGGAGGCUUCGUGAUCAUUGACGACUGGGGCACCUGGCCGUCGGCGCAGUUGGCCGUGAUUGACUUCUUGGAACAGGGCCUGGCCCAAGACGUCCGCGUGAACAUCCGCAAGACCGGUGCCGAUGCCAUGCUCGAGGCCCGGCGGCGGGGACCGCGUCCCAUGCAAAAGACCUCCAGCGCAGAGAACGUGGGUGAUGUGUGGUGGCAGAAGAGGAUGGAAAGCAAAGUUGCAGACAGCCGCUUCUGCCUGGAGAAGGUUGGAAUGAAGGCCAGGGCUGUGGACUCCUUUUGCACUGAAGAUUGCUUGCCCUCCUGCUGUCUUUGA